GUUAAACAUAAUUGCUGGGUGUGUCCCUGAGGAUGUUUCCUGGAGAGAUUACCAUUUGAAUGGGUGAACUGGGUAGAGCAGAGGGCCUUUCCUAAUGUGGGUGAAACUCACCCAGUCCACUGAGGGCUUGAGCAAAAGAGAAAGGCAGAGGAAGGUUGAAAGGCUCUCUGCCUCACUGCUUGAGCUGGAACAUUUUACUUCUGCCUUUGGCACUCCUGGUGCUCAAGCCUUUGGACUCAGGAUGGCUUCAACACCAUCAGUUCUCUGGCUUUAAGGUCUUCAAAUCAUACCACCAGCUUUCCUGUGUCCUGAGUCUCCAGCUUGCAGACAGCUGACCAUGGAACUCCUUAACCUCUGCACUCAGGAUCUCAGGGGAUACAGAAUACACACGAGUAUGUGUAAGCCAUCCUCAUGCCCAGAGCAGUGGGAUCUGUGUAAAGGGACUGAAUCUUAUGGAAACACUCAUUCCUCUCUGGCAGCACCCGGUACAUUGAACCCAGUGUGCUUCUUCUUCAGGAAAAACAAGUUGCCCACAACAAAGCACUGGGGAACAGGGGCAAGAGAGACUGAGCUGCAGGCUGAACAACAGAGCACGACUCAGGUGACCAUGUAUCCACACAACCAGCCCCAAGUCAACCUAAUUCCUGGGAACCAACCUGGCCUGCAGACACCUGCCAGUCCACCACCAGCCCAGAGAAGCUUCAAAGAAGGCAAAACCUUAGGGGCGCUCCAGAUCCUGAUUGGGCUGAUACACUUUGGUCUUGGCAGCAUCUUGGGGACCACCCAGCAUGUGCGCUAUGAACCUGUCUCAUUUAUUAUAGGCUGUGCCUUCUGGGGUGGUAUCUCGGACUAUCCUCCUAUUUCCUCAAGAUCAUUAAUAUCUUCCUACGAACCAAGAUCUAUCUCCUUGGGUUCCUCAAAGGAACCAGCAGGAACAUCAGAAGUCCAGCCUUCUGUUUCCUUCAUUCCCCAUCAAGUCUCCAUAAACUCAGUUCAUCAUUUCAGGAUCCCUCUCAGUGGCAUCAGAGGAGCAGCCAAAUUCUCCUUGUGUGACCUCUGGAUUCGCUACUUCUGGCGUUUUGCUCAUCUUCAGCCUCCUGGAGCUCUUCAUUGCCUCCACAUGUGCCCACUUUGGCUGCCAACUGGUCUCCUACGGCACCGUGGUCUACCAGACUAUCUACGUGUCAAACCAAGUGUCCAACCCAGAACCAGUGAACUCGCCACCAUCUUAUUCCCGUGAGGUGCAGCACUCCAAAUAGGCCAAACGCUGUAGAAGCAUCUUUCACUGGGAUCAAAAGAAAACCUCCCCUUUUUGUGCUUUUGAAACUUAGCUUUUUCCUUCCCUGACAAACUAAGGAGCAUGUCUGUCCAACUGUGUGCACCCUGAACUCCCUUUACUUCAGCCUGGUAAAUUGUCUGUGCAUCUAUGAAAAAGGAAAUGGAAAUUUCAAGUGCAUUUUAGCAAAGCAGUUCUCCCUAAGGCAGCCACAUGUGGGGAAGUUGUGUGCAUGUAUUCAUGUGCUUACCUGUGUGAGCUUAGGAGUUAGAGGAAUAAAUGUCUAAACAGCCCAAGCUUCAUUCUUUCAGUCAUUCACUCAUUGAAUAAAUAUGCACCAAGACUUGA